UUAAUUUUUUUAUUUAUUUUUGGGAUAGAAUUAUUGAAGUAAAACAUUUAUUGCAUCGUAAUUAUUGAUAAUUCAGAGGACAAGAUAGCCAGAGACGAAACAACUUGAUCCUUGGUUCGUUUUUCACUUAUUUAGAGUAUAUAUGAUGAAUUGCAAUGAGUGGUAAUAAGAUAGAUAUUAAAGUGGUAUUAUUGGGCAAAUCGUACGCUGGUAAAACUUGUCUGGUAGAACGAUAUCUACAUGAGAGAUUUAAUGGAGAAACUGUCCCAUAUCAAAACACAAUAGGUGCUGCAUUUGGAGCCAAGAAAGUUGAUGUUAAUGGAAAGAAAAUAGUGAUGGGAAUAUGGGACACAGCAGGUAGUGAACGCUAUGAAUCAAUGAGUAGGAUAUAUUAUAGAAAUGCCAAAGCAGCCAUUUUAUGUUUUGAUUUAACAGAUAAAUCCAGUUUCGAUCGAAUCCGAUUUUGGAUUGGAGAAUUACAAACUCAUGAAGAGGGGUGUAAGAUAUAUCUUUGUGCUACAAAGAAAGAUAUAGUCGAUGCUGACCCAAACACAAGAGAUGUGAAUGAAAAUGAGGCUCAAGCUUUAGCAAAAGAUGUAAUGGCUGAAUUAUAUGAAACGUCCAGUAAAACUGGAGAAAAUAUAAAUGAAUUAUUUAUGGCAAUAGCUGAAUAUUAUUUGGCAACUGUGAAAACCACCGAAGUUAAAGAAGAAAUGAUCUAUCUAAAUGAAGUCAAGAAACGGUUACCAUGUUCAUGUAAAAGUACCUAAAGAUGCGUGGAAUGAUUUUAGUUUUGUUAUUUUAAAUUUGAUUUUUAUAAAGAAAGGGUAAAAGAUGAAAUUGUUAGGCCAGAAAUAAUCUGAUUCCUGGAUUAUUUCACAUCAGUUAAAAUUGGCCGUAUGACCUGUUUUUAUUUCAAAAAGUAAAAAAUAAAAACAGUAUCAUUAAUUAGAUGUUUUACCUUGGUUACAGGAAGUAGCUCUUUAAAAAGAAAAUGAUUUGAAUCUAGAAAUGUUGCUUGUAGGCUCAUUUAUCAAGUAGGCAACCCAGAUAAAUUGAUAAUUGAUACAUUCCUAUGAGAUAAAUGAUACUGGAUAAUCAUACAUUCUAUAAACAACAUGAGAUAAAUGAUACUGGAUAAUCAUAUAUUCUAUAAACAACAUAAGAUAAAUGAUACUGGAUAAUCAUAUAUUCUAUAAACAACAUAAGAUAAAUGAUACUGGAUAAUCAUACAUUCUAUAAACAACAUGAGAUAAAUGUAGAGUCUUAAAAUGUGAUGUUUGUGAGAAGUCAUUUAGCCCAGUAGUGAUCCUUCAGAUUUUUUGUUCAGAGUUGGAUGACCGAGUGGUUAGCAAAUGCACGCUGUAUCAUAAGGUCUGUCAUUGAGUCAACUGGAGUGGUUUUGAUUCCCUGGUUGUACGUGACAAGGAGUAGGGUCGUCUGUCCAACCUCGUGGGUUUUCUCCGGGUCCUCCGGUUUCCUCCCACUGCUAAAGACCCCUACGCGCAAGUUAAUUAUUGAAAUAAAAUUGAACCAUGUGUUAGUCCCAAAAUGACCUAGUUUGUGUCAAAUGGACAUUAAACCCCAUUUCUCUCUGUCAGAUUCUUUGUAAGUAUUGUCUGAGAACCAGAAUAAUUUUUGUGUAUGGCCUUAACUUGAUUGGUGUGUUGUGUUUUACGGAUCAAAAGCAACUGAUCAAAUUCUGCUUCAUUUUAUUCUAUAGAGCUUACUCCAUCAAUAUCUGGAUAUUAAACCCCAUCUGUAGUUUGUUUGUAUAUUUUUAUUGUUUUUAUAUAAUAUUCAUGUAUAGGCCAUCAUACUUAUUUAUUCCUGUGAAGACAGGGUUGCAGGCAUUACUGACGUUGGUGGUCAUACUUUUUGAAAAUGGAAUUGGCAAUUUAGGGGCAGUGGGUGGGGCGCAGUCAGUCAGACUGCCAUACUGAAUUAAUUUGUAAAGAUGAUUAUAAUAAACCAGUGAUUGUGGUCCUAUAUAACUGUGUUAGUUCUGGUACGUGUUCUGGUACAAGCAAUAAGAAAUAAUUAACAAAGUAGUAAUGGGUGUUUCUGAAGAAUCAAACUUCAAAUUUGUGUGGCCUUAGGAUUACCAUGAUUGGACCUGAACAUGUUUAACCAAUAAUAGAAAAUAAACCACAAAAUCAUGUUAGAAAACGUUUUGAACAAAGAAAGUUUGGUAUGUAUUUACUGGCUCUAAUGGGUCGUAGACUCUUAAACCCCAUCAUAAAACAAAUUAUUAUAUUUAUGACAUAAUGUGAUCAAUGAAAGUUUGUAUUAAACAUACAUAAUGCAAGAGCUAAAUCUGCCUAUUGCAGGUCUUUCUUUAGGCCUGAAAUGUUAUCUAAAUUAUUAAUUAGACAUUAAUUAACUUAUCCAGACCAUAAUCAACUCUCGUUGACAUCUUAUGUGUCGGAUUUUCACUGGAUUUGAAUCCGAUCUGCUGCUCAACGCUCAUUGAUGAUUAAAUCCCCCCAAAAAUUUUUUUUAUCAUAACGACUUUAGUAAUGAUGAUCGAGGUUAGGCCUAACAUUCAAUCGAUAAUAUAUCAGUUCAUAGUUGAUCAAUUUGACUGAAAUUUUCAGCAAAUUACCUUUACAUUAUUUAGUUUUUAAUUAUUAUAGUGAGAACUGUCAGCUCUUUAUCUAAUCUUCCAUAAUGUAUCGUUAAUAAUCCUAAUGGGUCAGUAGUCCCCAUCAUGAACAAAUAAUUAUCUUUAUGAUAUCAAUAACUGUAUAUAUUUAUUGUUUGUAUGUAUAUAUAUAUAUACCAUUUGAUGCAUGUAUAUAUAAUUAUAUUGAUUGUAUUAAUUUGUCACAAUCCUUGUUAUAACCUAUGUACAGGUCUUUUCUAAAAUAGGAGUGGGGUGGGUUGUUGAGUUAUCAAUUUUCAUUCUGGUGGGGGAGCUGGGGCGGAGAUCAGGUCCAUUUGAGGAAGAGAUCGGGUUGGAUUGAUGAGGAGAUCAGAUCGACUGAGGAGGAGAUCAGAUCGGUCGAGUAGGAGAUCAGAUCGGUUGAGUAAGAGAUCAGAUCGGUUGAGUAGGAGAUCAGAUCAGUCAAGUAGGAGAUCCGAUCAGUUGAGUGGGAGAUCAGAUCAGUUGAGUAGGAGAUCAAAUCGGUUGAGGAAGAGAUCAGAUUAACAAGGAGUAUGGUUAGAAUUCGAAUCCUGUGGGUUCUCUGAUCUUGUACUGCUAAAGUCUCCUGCACAGCAUUAAAAUAAAAUAUACCAUAUGAUCGAAUUUAUGUUUGUCUGACUUCCGGUAUGAUUUCCCCUUGUCAGUGGUGCAGAACAGAGGGCCUGACAAGGGCAGAUGUCUAGUUGUUUGGAUGAAACGAAAAACCAAGGUCCCAUGUACACAUGGAAUUUGAUAUAAGAGUAGGCCAUAGUGUUGCUGUCCGGGCCAAAUUUCCCUCAUUGCACACUGUUUGGUGUUAUAUUGCAUAUGUCCGUCUUUAUUAGACCAGUUGGAGCAGAACAGUAGAUCUUUAAACCCCAUUUCAUUUUUGUAUGUCUGACAAAUAAAAAACAUCAUUCCAGACAUUGGUGUUUAUGAAUUCUCUUCUUCAAAAAACAACUGUCAAGGGUUUUUCUUCAUGCCCAUGAACAUGUUCACAGAACAUUACUUAUUCCCAUCCUAAUGACUAGACGCUGCUCCUGGCUAGCCCCCACCCACCCACCCACCCAUUCCUCUAUCAUUUAGUUUUAGAAAAGAUACUAGUACAAUAUAUUUGUAAAUUUUAUUUCAUUUCCACAAUUAUUGUUAUAAUAUAUAUAUUGGAUAUAAAUGUACCAUAAAUAUAGAUUUAUUUUUUUGCUGAAUUUUGUGAAUUAUAUUUUAAGAUAUAUUGCCAUAGAACAUAGGAAAAAAAACAGUAUCGUGAGGAGUAGCUUUAAUUAUUAAAUCUAAAAAUGAAUAUUAAAAUAAAAGUAAAAUGCUAGUCAAAACAGCUUGAUAACAAUGUUAAGAUUUAUUUUUAUAUGUCCACAUUUUCAUGUGGAAGUAUGUCAUCGUCGCCUCUGCCCAUCCACAGUUUGUUUGUGGACUCUCUACAAGUCACAAUUUUUAUCCGAUUUUGACGAAACUUGAAAUACAUGUUCCUUUCGAUAUUGGCAUGUAGCGGACCGGACGGAACCGUAAACUUCAUGGAUUAUGGCCCCUGGUUGUACUAAAAAAUAUGUUUUUAGCUUGUGGACACUCUAAGAGGUCACAAUUUUUAUCAAAUUUUUAUGAAACUUAAAAUAUAUAUUCUUAACCUAAACAUCUGGGUUCCUUUCAAUACUUGUGCGUAUUGGACCAUAACUUCCUGGAUUAUGGCCCUUGAUUGUCUGAAAAAUUGCUUUUUUUUAGCUUGUGGGCACUCUAGAGGUCACAUUUUUUAUCAAAUUUUUAUGACACUUAAAAUAUAUGUUCAUAGCCUAAAGAUCUGUGUUCCUUUCAAUACUUGUGCGUAUCUGACCAUAACUUCUUGGAUUAUGGCCCCUUUUUGUCACUCCAGAGGUCACAAUUUUUAUUAAAUUUUUAUGAAACUUAAAAUAUAUGUUCAUAUCCUAAAGAUCUGUGUUCCUUUCGAUACUUGUGUGUAUCGGACCAUAACUUCCUGGAUUAUGUCCCCUGAUUGUACUAAAAAUCGCUUUUUUUUGGCUUGUUCUCUGCCCAUCUCUUGCAAAAUGUGGGCAUAUCUUGCAUGGCAACUGCUUGUUAUUAUCUAUGUUCAGCUUAUCAGCGCAAAUUGUUUCAAUGGGAUUAAUUGUAAUUCAACUUGAUAAGCACAAAUUGUUUCAAUGGUAUUAAUUGUAAUUCAAUUUAUCAGUGCAAAUUGUUUCAAUGGAAUUAAUUGUAAUUCAACUUGUCAGCUCAAAUUGUUUCAUUUGUAAUAAUUGUAAUUCAAUUUGUCCUCACAAAUUGUUUCAAUGGUAUUAAUUGUAAUUCAACUUGUCAGCGCAAAUUGUUUUAAUGGUAUUAAUUGUAAUUCAACUUAUCAGCGCAAAUUGUUUCAAUGGGAUUAAUUGUAAUCCAACUUGUCAGCGCACAUUGUUUCAAUAGGAUUAAUUGUCAUUCAACUUGUCAGUGCAAAUUGUUUCAAUGGGAUUUAGUAAAUGAACUGGAAAUACACAGAAUACAAUUCUAUGGAAUACAAA